CUCGACCACAACACAAGUCCACCAUGCGGACGUCUCUCGCCCUGACAAGCCUGUUGGCCUACUGCGCUUCGGCAGUAUAUGCGACCGCGCUCACAUACCGGUUGGAGGCCAACGAGAAGGCGUGCUUCUUCACGAAUGUCGAGCAGAAGGGGACCAAGGUUGCUUUCUAUUUCGCGGUCCAAUCUGGCGGCUCAUUCGAUGUCGAUUAUUCCGUAGUCGGUCCCAAUGAGAGGGUGAUACUGGAUGGCACAAAAGAACGGCAAGGAGACUUUGUCUUCACGGCAAAUGAGGUGGGAGAAUAUCGCUUCUGCUUCAAUAACGAGAUGAGCACUUUCGCGGAGAAAAUGGUAGAUUUCGAGAUCGCCGUCGAAAAUGAAGCCCGCGCCCAACUCCCCUCCAAGCAAGGCUCCUCGCCCGAACAAACCUCCGUCCUCGAAGAAUCCAUACUCAAGCUGUCCGCCCAGCUGUCCACCAUCUCGCGCAACCAGAAGUACUUCCGUACACGAGAGAACAGGAACUUCAGCACUGUCAAGUCGACGGAGAAGCGGAUAUUAAAUUUCAGUUUGAUGGAGGUCGGGCUCAUGGUUACGAUGGCGGGGCUGCAGGUUUUCAUUGUGCGCUUCUUCUUCCAGGGCGCAAGGAAAGGAUACGUCUGAGAAGUGGUUUAUUUGGUGCAGGCGAUUGCGGACGGGGACAACAAGCAAGACCUUCGGAGGAAAAGGAUCGUAUCCAACCGGGUUCAUUGCGGCGGCGCUAUGGCGGUGCAAG